CACUAUAUCCUCUUCGCAACAAUGGAUGCUUCGGUGGUGAGAUUUUCCCAAUCGCCGGCAAGAGUACCGCCGGAAUUUGAACCAGAUAUGGAGAAGAUUAAACGGAGGCUUCUCAAGUACGGUGUUGAUCCCACCCCCAAAAUCCUGAACAAUCUCCGAAAGAAAGAAAUUCAAAAACACAACCGUAGAACCAAGCGCGAAACCGAGUCAGAGGCGGAGGUGUAUACGGAGGCGCAGAAGCAGUCUAUGGAGGAAGAAGCUCAUUUCCAAACCCUAAGACGGGAAUACAAGCAAUUCACGAGGUCAAUUUCUGGAAAAAGUGGCGGCGAUGUUGGUUUGAUGGUGGGGAAUCCAUGGGAAGGAAUCGAGAGAGUGAAGCUGAAGGAGCUCGUUAGUGGUGUCAGGAGAGAAGAAGUUAGUGGUGGUGAAUUGAAGAAAGAGAAUCUAAAAGAGCUGAAGAAGAUACUUGAGAAAGAUCUUCGUUGGGUUCUAGAAGACGACGUUGAUGUGGAAGAGUAUGAUUUGGACAGAGAAUUUGAUCCUGCGAAACGGUGGCGUAACGAAGGGGAAGCAGUCAGAGUUCUCGUUGACAGAUUGAGUGGUAGAGAAAUCACUGAGAAGCAUUGGAAGUUUGUGAGGAUGAUGAAUCAAUCAGGGCUUCAGUUCUCUGAAGAUCAGAUGCUUAAGAUUGUUGAUCGAUUGGGACGUAAAAACAGCUGGAAACAAGCUUCAGCUGUUGUUCAUUGGGUGUAUUCUGAUAAGAAGCGUAAACAUAUUAGGAGCAGAUUUGUUUACACCAAGCUUUUGUCCGUUCUUGGGUUUGCGAGGAGGCCUCAGGAAGCUAUUCAGAUAUUCAAUCAGAUGCUUGGUGAUCGCCAGUUGUAUCCUGAUAUGGCGGCGUAUCACAGUAUUGCUGUAACACUUGGGCAAGCGGGUUUAUUGAAGGAGUUGCUUAAAGUAAUCGAGCGUAUGAGGCAGAAACCGACUAAACUAAUUAAGAAUUUGCGGCAAAAGAACUGGGAUCCUGUGCUUGAACCUGACUUGGUUGUAUACAAUGCUAUUCUUAACGCUUGUGUUCCAACACUCCAAUGGAAGGCUGUUUCAUGGGUAUUUGUAGAGUUAAGAAAAAAUGGUUUGAGGCCUAAUGGAGCUACAUAUGGGCUUGCGAUGGAGGUUAUGCUGGAGUCAGGGAAGUAUGAUCGUGUUCACGAUUUUUUUAGGAAGAUGAAAAGCAGUGGCGAAGCUCCAAAAGCAAUUACAUACAAGGUUCUUGUCCGAGCUCUUUGGAGAGAAGGCAAAAUCGAGGAAGCUGUUGAAGCAGUCAGAGAUAUGGAACAAAAGGGAGUUAUAGGAACGGGUUCAGUUUACUAUGAAUUGGCAUGCUGUCUGUGCAACAACGGGCGUUGGCGCGAUGCAAUGCUUGAAGUGGGGAGGAUGAAAAGACUUGAAAAUUGCAGGCCGCUUGAGAUUACCUUCACAGGACUCAUAGCGGCUUCAUUGAACGGUGGUCAUGUUGAUGAUUGCAUGGCUAUAUUCCAAUAUAUGAAAGAUAAAUGCGACCCGAAUAUAGGAACUGCGAACAUGAUGCUUAGAGUUUACGGAAGGAAUGAUAUGUUUUCGGAAGCUAAAGAAUUGUUUGAAGAGAUUGUCAGCAGAAAAGAGACUCAUCUAGUUCCAAACGAGUAUACAUACAACUUCAUGCUUGAAGCUUCAGCUAGAUCACUGCAAUGGGAAUACUUUGAGCAUGUGUAUCAGACGAUGAUUCUUUCUGGUUACCAAAUGGAUCAAACAAAACAUGCAUCAAUGCUUAUAGAAGCAUCAAGAGCCGGGAAGUGGAGUCUUCUAGAGCAUGCCUUCGAUGCAGUUCUUGAAGAUGGAGAAAUCCCUCACCCAUUGUUCUUCACUGAACUCCUGUGUCAUGCGACAGCUAAAGGCGAUUUCCAAAGAGCUAUCACACUGAUUAACACUGUGGCUCUCGCAUCUUUCCAGAUUAGUGAAGAAGAAUGGACUGAUCUUUUCGAGGAGCAUCAAGACUGGCUUACUCAAGAUAAUCUUCAUAAGCUCUCUAAACAUCUCCUUGAGUGUGAUUAUGUAAGUGAACCAACGGUCUCAAACCUCUCAAAGUCAUUGAAAUCUCUAUGUGGGUCUUCUUCUUCUUCUUCUUCUUCAGCACAACCAUUGUUAGCCGUAGAUGUAACAACUCAAAGUAAGGGUGAGAAACCGGAGGAAGAUUUGCUUCUUCAAGAUACAACAAUGGAAGAUGCUAAUGGUGAAGCUUGGGAAUUUACGGAGACUGAACUCGAAACGUUGGGUCUAGAAGAACUCGAGAUUGAUGAUGAUGAAGAAUCUAGUGACUCUGAUUCACUUUCAGUUUAUGACAUUCUAAAAGAAUGGGAAGAGAGUAGUAAGAAAGAAACAUGAAAAUGCUUGUAAAUUUCCCAAAAUCUUAAUAGAACUAAACUUAAAUU